AUGAAUAGUAUCAAGACGCAUGAUUUGCACGUUCCCGCUACGGCGGUGGCCGCAGUGUUCAAGCCGUCCACGAUCGUGGGGUUUGUGUACUCGAAGACCCGCAUGGCUGGGAUUCCGGGGCCGUCUGGAUGGCCUCUCGUGGGCAUCGGCCUGGAUCUACCUACCCGGCCGCGCCAGCUGCUGAACAAAUGGGCGGCCAAGUACGGGGAUACCUUCAAGGUGCGGGUAGGGUGGUAUGACUGGGUGUUUUUCAACAAUCGGGACGCCGUGAAGGAGAUCUUCGAUAGACAGGCCGCCGUGACAUCAGGAAAGCCGCACCUGCCCAUCGCGCAAGAAUACUGUCUUCGCGGCCACGGCGUCCUCCCAAUGACCUACAGCGCCAAGUGGAAGCGCCUGCACUACUACCUCAAGCAGCUGCUGAGCCCACGCGCCUCGGCGGCCUUCAUCCCCAGCCAGGAGUUCGAGAUCAAGCAGCUGCUAUCCGACCUGUCCGGCGAGGCAGGCAAGGACAGUAGCACGGCGUUCUACAUGCACAUCCGCCGCAUGACGUUCUCGAUCGUCAUGACCUCCGCGUAUGGCCUCCGCAUCCCGAAUUGGGACUGCCAGGAGGUGCGUGACGUGUAUGGCAACAUGCGAAUGCUCUCGAUCAUCCUGCGGCCGGGCAUCUUCUGGAUCGACGUGUUUCCGCCGCUGAAUUGGCUGCCGCGGUUCUUGUUUCCGUCCUGGCCCAAGGCAAAGGCCAUGGCGAAGAUCAUGCACGGCGCGAAGAUGAGACACUGGGAGAAUCUGAAGGAGCGGAUUGCGCAGGGCACGGCGCCCGAGUGCUUCGCUAAGGACCUGAUGGAGUCGAAUUAUAAGGACUUUGGGCUGGAGGAGGAGGCCAUGAGUUGGUUGGCUAGUGCCGUGCCCGAGGCCGGCGCCGAAACCACCGCCAGUGCCCUAAACGGCAUGAUCCGGUACCUGGCCAGCUUCCCAGAAGCCCAAGCCGCCGCACACGAGGAAGUGAGCCGCGUCCUCGGCAACAAACGCAUGGCCACACUCGACGACGAGCCCAACAUGCCAUACAUCCGGGCCGUGAUCAAAGAGACGCUGCGCCUAUGCCCCGUCGCAACGACCGGGCUCCGCCGCAUGACGGACGCAGACAUCAAAUACCGCGACCACACGAUCCCCAAGGGCACAAUCUUGCUCGCCAACAUUAAUAACCUCCACUGGGACGAGGCCUUCUUCGCUGACCCCUUCAGCUUCAAACCCGAGCGAUACCUCAACCACCCUCAUCGGUCCGCCGUCUACGCCGCUGGUGGAGACGUCACCGCGCGCGACCACUUCACGUUCGGUGCCGGCCGGCGCAUCUGUCCGGGCAUUCACCUCGCCGAGAACGGGCUGUUUCUGGCGGUGGCGAAUAUCAUCUGGGCGUAUGAGUUUCGGCCACCGAUUGGGAAUGACGGGAAGGAGGUGCCGCUGGAUAUCAGCGACGAGGGGUUCAUGGAGGGGGCGAUUCGAGUGCCGCAGCAGUAUGAGAUUCGGAUUUUGCAGAGGAAUUCGGAGCGGGCAGAGACGAUUCGGCAGCAGUGGGAGAAGGCGCAGGAGGAUGGGUACGUGUUACGGGGGAUUCAUGUCGAUGCGAACGGGGGGGUGAAGGGGGGAGUGCAGAAGGAAAAGGCUGCGAAGUAA